AUGUCUUCCUCUGCAUUAUACAAAAAUAAAGAAAUUUUGGCACCAAUGGUCAGAGUAGGAACUCUGCCUAUGCGUCUACUUGCGUUGCAGUUUGGGGCGGAUUUAGUAUAUUCGCCUGAAAUAGUAGAUAAAAGUAUUGUUGCUUCAAUACGCACGUUUAAUGAAUCAAAUGGCCUAGUGACUUAUAUUAAUCCACAGAGUAAAUUAGCAUGUUUCCAAACACACAUCACCGAAAAACCGAAAUUGAUCUUUCAAAUUGGCACUGCGGAUCCUGAGCUUGCUCUUCAGGCGGCAUUAACCGUAAAACAAGAUGUUGCUGGUAUAGAUGUGAAUUGUGGAUGUCCGAAAAAAUUCUCGAUCCAGGGGGGAAUGGGUGCUGCUUUAUUGUCGAACCCUGAUCUAUUAAAGCAAAUCUUAACGAAUUUAGUUCAAAAGAGUGGGCUUCCGGUGUCUUGCAAAAUAAGGAUUUUAGAAACCAAAGAAAAAACGAUUGAAUUAUGUAAAAUGAUCGAGUCCACAGGAGUAAAAGCGAUUGCUGUUCAUUGUAGGCUGCGUGAUGAAAGACCACGUCAUCCAGGACACUGGGAUAUCUUUAGAGAUCUUGUCGAGAGCAUUUCUAUCCCAAUAAUAGCUAAUGGUGAUAUAUUUACUCGAGCAGAUAUCACACGACUAAAAGAAAUUUCAAGCAAUUCAGUCAUGUUUGCACGAGGAGCGAAAAAUAAUGUUUCGGUCUUUUGUAAGAAUGGUGAACUUUUACCAUUACGAAAAGUGGUGAUUCUUUAUAUUAAAAAGGCAAUUGAGUAUAACAAUCUCUUCUCGAAUACUAAAUAUACUAUAAUGCAGAUGUAUGCAGACAUCGCUAAAGAUUCGGAAUACGAUAGAGUUACAAAGGCAAAGUCCUAUGAAACCCUUUGUAAAAUUUUUGGGAUAGAAUUAGAUCAACAACAUAGUAAUACCAUGAAUCCGAUUUGUGAUGAUGUUAAUUUUGAAGAUUAA